CGUCUACAAAGCUCUGGUCACGAGAGCACCCACGAAACUCGAGAAGUCCUCCGUGCGGCGCCUCUUGCAACAGGAUCAUUGAAGACAUCUCCUACUCCAGGAUGACUCUAAUCCCAUCGUUGAUCCCGUGUCCAGCCACGGGCGAGACCGCCCAUCUCGUACAAUGUUCUUGGACGACGCGCAUUGAUUCAAAGCGCAAGCGAGGGCCUUAACUUAAGGCCGGUCUGUUUGAGGCCUGAGCGUAGGGGAUAAGCCCAUGACAACCCUCGAGCGUCCGCAUGCCGAGCGGUUGGUAUGUGACCUGGCGAGGUGCCCCGACUAGAAGAUGUGGCAAGGGCGCGGUUUGCGCAAUCUUCAUAUGCCAUCUCGAUCAAAAAGUUCAAGCCUCAUGCCUCCACGAUGAAGUCGUUCUGCCUCGAAAGGCCUGAAUCGGAGGAUGUAAGAUACAUCAAGAAAGAAGUCAUUUCGCCGCACAAGUCAAUCUUGUCACCAGAGUUCGAACCCCCUUCCAUACCUGAAGAUGAAAAGUACGAGGGAACAGAGGUAGACCCGAACGUUCUGUCAGCACUCCCCGAUGGGACGCGGGCCAUCUGGUCAGCGACAUACAGAGCCUCGUUCUGGGCCAUCAGCACAAAAAUUGACGCUGAGGACCCAGAAGGUGACAAGAAGUCCUACUUCAUGAAGGUAAGACGAACGGAAACGCUCAGCCUAACGCGUACAGUGUUGAUUCAGGGCGACGAUAAGGUUUACACGACUGUCAAGGCUCAAGCACAGGCAAUUGGCGAGUACUUGUCCACAAAAGCCAUAUACGCUGUCAUCCCCGACAGCGUGCCCAGGCCUAUCGCACUCGGCUCCCUCGCCCGAGAUCCAAGCAAGCAUUUCUACCUCGCCGAGUACAAAGACAUGAAAGAAGAAAUGCCACCUCUACGAGAUCUGGCCUCGGUCAUCGCCAACCUGCACAACAACUCCAUCUCCCCCAACGGACGAUUCGGGUUCCAGGUGCCGACGUCGCAAUCCCUGCAGCUCGAGAACACCUGGUGCGACACGUGGGAAGAGUUCUUCACCCGCGCGUUCCGCAACACGGUCCGACUCGAGCAGGAGAUCCAGGGCGCCCACGACGAGCUGCAGCGGCUGGCCGACGAGAUGUGCGACAAGGUGAUCCCUCGCCUGCUCCGUCCGAUGGAGACCGGAGGCCGGAAGCUCAAGCCCACCCUCCUGCACGGGGACCUGUGGCACGGCAACAUCGGCGUGGACCUCAUGACCGACCAGGUGGUGCUGUACGACUGCUGCGCGUUCUACGGCCAUCAUGAGUACGACCUCGGCAUGUUCCGCGCGUCGCGCUACCGCACCUCCCGGGCGCACGUGGAUGCGUACAACGAGCUCGUCCCAAUCUCCGACCCGGCCGCGGACUUCGACGACCGGAACGCGCUGUACGCGCUGCGCGUCGACCUCGAGGUGUCGUGCGGGUGGCCCGAGAACAAGAGGAUGAGGCAGCUCGCUAUCGAGGAGAUGAGGCGCCUGGUCGGAAAGUAUCCCGGGGGAUAUGAGGCGUGGGAGAAGGAGGAAGUGGAGGAGGAGGACCGUGGUAAGAGGAGGCACUAA